AUGAGCACUGAGCAGCAGCAGGCACGGGGCCUCGACGACUUCUGGCAAGAACCUUGGGCCCAGGACACCUGGGUGUCGACGAUCAGCCAGAACCCGGCAGCCCAAGGCCUCCAGCCGUCCGGUUGGAUGUACACAAGUCACCCAGGAAAGCAAGACAGCUUGGACUUCGACUUGGGCUCUAGCUUCUCCCAGGCAUCCAGCGAGGACCCCCCGUCCCCGGGCUCACCCCCCCUCAACCACGGGCAAUGGAAAAGAGGCAGCACUGCAAGCACCGCGAGCAGCUGCGGCAGCAUCAGCGUCAGCGGCGGGGCAGGCCACCAGCCCAUCGAGCACCACCAUCACCACCACCACCACCACCACCAUGCCCCGAUAGCGAGCACCGCAUCCCUUUCGUCCACGCUACCGAUGACACCCCCCCCGGGGCUCGCCCACGAGCGAUUCGUCCACCCCGCUGCUGCCGCCGCUGGCGGCGGCGGCGGUGGCAGCGGCGGCGGCGGCGUUCCUCACCCCCACGCUCACAGUCAGUCACUCCUAGCCACAAUGGGGGCCCGGUCGGGUACGAGCCGAUCGUCGAGUGUCGAGUCUGACACUUCGCCCGCCCUGAGCCUCUACGGGGGGGCUGGCGGCGGCGGCGGAGGCGGCGGCGGAGGCGGGCCUUGCGCUUUCCAGAUCUUGGGCUACCAGACGUUGGAGCUGCUCCCCACGGCGCAGCAACGGCAGACGCUGCAGAAGUGGUUCGGCGUCGUCCGGUGGAUCCACAACCGCGCCGUCGAUGCCCUCCGCGUGGACUCGAGCGUGUCCGCCACCAGCCUCCGGGCGGCGGUGGCCGAGUCCGAGUCCGAGCACGAGUGGGCGGCCGCGGUGCCCCUGGCCAUCCGCGACGCCACGGUGGCGCAGCUCGUGGGAGCGCUUCACCUCGCGCAGCGGUCGGCGGAGGUCGCGGCGGCGGCUACCGGGGAAGCCGUGAUGGCGGAGCCCCUGGGGACGGCGGCGCAGAACAAGGCCCUCAAGUACCGCACCAGGAAGGACAGGCUGGAGCAGAUCGUUCUUCGGGCGGACGGGUUCCAGUAUGGCAUCCCCUACCCGGAUUACUUUGGAUACGCGCCGUUGGCUUCGUCGGUGCCGAUCCCGGAUCGUCUGCCGUCCGACGCCAUUCUUGUACGCAGCACGGAGCGGUUCUACCUGUGCAUCCGGGAAGCGUGUUAA